CAAGUGCAGACAUAUAUCGGUGCAAACUUUGCAAACUUUGUCUGGGGACGCCAUUUUUGGGUCAUUUUAGCGGAGCGAAAUGAGUUCCAGAACCUCUGCACAAGUUAUCAGUGUACGAGUACCACUUACGAGUGAUUAGUAAAUAGUCCGCUAAAUAUUAAGUGUGUCAAUCAAAGGGGCUUUGGAUUAAGCCGUUAAAUCGUUUAGACAAGAACACAGCCUACUCCUUUGAUAAAAAUGGAUUGGGACGAUAUUUUGGAACACGUGGGCGAGACUGGUCCAUGGAACAUUGUAAUGUUUGCUCUUCUGUGGUUGCCUCCCAUUUUGGCAGGUGUGUGCGUGCUACAAUUCUCCUUCACAGGUCUGGAACCCGCAGAUGGUUUUCGUUGUGCAAUCAAACCCUGUGAUAUGGAGGACGCCUCUUUCUAUGACUUUGACGACUCGAUUUUUGCUCGUGACAAUGAUACGAAUGGCAAUGAGAUCAUCGACUUUUGUAAAAUGUUCCCGGUGGAUGCUAACUCUGCAAUCGCUGGAAACUGCAGUUUAGACAAUUUUAUCUUUGACAGUGAGACCUUUGUGACUUGCGAUUCCAGUCAAACCGUGCUUUGGAGUGACUUUGAGUUCUUUUCUAAUGUUGUCACCGAGGAGAAACUGAUUUGCGGUGAUCAAUUCAAGGUGGCCUUGGUGGGAAGCAUCUACAUGUGUGGCCUUUUGGCCAGUUCCUUCGUUUCGGGGACCUUGGGUGAUCUCAUUGGGCGGAGACAUACGACGGCCAUCAUGAUCAUUGUGUGUAUAAUCGGGGGGCUUUCAGGCGCCUUCUGUUAUGAUUAUAUCUCUUAUUGCGUCACGAGAUUCAUCACAGGCUUUGGCGCAAUGGGCCUUUUUAUGGUUCCAUUCAAUUUGGCCGUCGAGCUUUCUGGUGCCCGGACCAAAACCUUGAUCGGCAACAUGGCUCAGAUCCCAUUUGCCAUUGGAGAGGCUCUCGUCUGCCUGAUUGCAUACCUUUUUCGGGAUUGGAGGCUGUUCUCCAUCAUGUCCUCCGCACCCUUUGCUAUUUUUCUGGUCAUAUGGUUUAUCCUGCCCGAAUCACCUCGUUGGCUUAUCACCAAAGGCAGGUAUAAGGAGGUGCAGAGAAUCGCCAAACAAGCUGCCAGAUGGAACAAGAAAGAAAUUCCUAAAGAGCUGUUGGAGAUUCCCGUUCAAGAGAUCACUGAAAAGUGCAGUGUUGCCUCCUUGAAAAAGAAGGAAUUGGGAAUGGCAGAUCUGUUCAAGGGUGGCCCGAUCACGCGAAACACAAUCCUGCUCUUUAUCAUCUGGAUCGUCAUCACCCUGGGAUAUUACGGAAUUAGUAUGAAUACUGGAAACCUCGGUUCGGACAUCUUUGUCAGCUUAACCCUCAUCAGUCUCAUUGAGAUUCCAUCCUAUGUUGUGUGCAUUUUCAUCAUGGACCAUUUGGGCCGGAAGCCAACCUUAACCAUCUCGUUAUUUCUCACUGGGAUUGCUUGCAUUGCCGCAGGAUUCAUGGAUGAUGGCGGGGGUAAAACUGCUCUGGCACUGAUUGGAAAAUUUGGAGCCUCUGCCGGAUUUUCCGUUGUCUAUCUCUUCACUACCGAGCUCUACCCGACUGAGAUCCGAAACACUGGGCUUGGAUUUUGUUGCAUGUUCGCCAGAUUGGGUGGAAUUGCUGCUCCUCAAGUUGCCAUCUAUCUCCCGAAAGUGGCGUUUCCUGCACUUCCGUUGCUUCUUAUGGGAGGUUGCGCAAUUUUGGGCGGCGUUCUUACGUUACUCCUUCCUGAGACCUUGGGAUCGCCGUUGAUUGAGAGCAUUGGAGAGUUGAAAGGCCUGGGUGACACUUCCAAGCCCUUCUUCAGUUGGUGGAGCAUAUCCAAGUUGGAGAAGCAUCUGGCCUCUCACUUACAUCAUGGAGUUCAUGAAUAAAUUCAAUUUCUCAUUUGCUUA